UCCCUUCCACAUAAAAGCCGAGGGUGGGGAUGGGCUGAAAUAAUUGCUGGUUUGUUGAAAGAGAUUCUAUUACUUGAGACCAUCUGAGGGGGUGGAAGGGGGUUUCUUUUUGUAAGAGAGAAGAGGCUUGUCUACAUGCCUGGGUUUUGUGGGGCAUUGGGUGGAUGCAGCAGGGUUAGGAAUCUCUCCAUUUCUGUGCUGGUGGAAAUGUAAACCUCGAGAGGCAGCUCCUGGAUGCUGAACGUUGAGAUGGGCAGUUGUGUUUCUGGGGACUGCGCAGUCAAAACGGCAAAGAGAGUGAUUUAUUUGGGCUUCAGUAAACGCUGCAUCUUGUAUUUCAAAGAGUUUCCUGUCAUGACCUCAUAAAAAGAGGAGGCGGCUUGUAUGUGUAGCGGUGCCUGGCGUGUUGAGUUGUUGCUUCCUUCUCUGGGCAGCAGCUCUGUAAGAAGGGAAUGUCAGCUUUUACAUAACGCUCCUUUCUGCUUUUGACACACUGUGUGAGGGUCCAUCUUCUGAUCACAGAUGGAGUGGAAUGGCUUGAAGAUGCUUGGAGACAAAAGAUCAUGCCAAAUGCUCUCUUAUUUCAAUGUCUGAUAAUUAGCACCAUGGAGCCUCAGGUGUCAAAUGGACCGACAUCCAAUACAAGCAAUGGACCCUCCAGCAACAACAGAAACUGUCCUUCUCCCAUGCAGACAGGCGCCGCCACAGAUGACAGCAAAACCAACCUCAUCGUCAACUAUUUACCCCAGAAUAUGACCCAAGAGGAAUUCAGGAGUCUCUUUGGGAGCAUUGGUGAAAUAGAAUCCUGCAAACUCGUGAGAGACAAAAUCACAGGACAGAGUUUAGGGUAUGGAUUUGUUAACUAUAUUGAUCCAAAGGAUGCAGAGAAAGCCAUCAACACUUUAAAUGGACUCAGACUCCAGACCAAAACCAUAAAGGUGUCCUACGCCCGCCCAAGCUCGGCCUCGAUCAGGGAUGCUAACCUGUAUGUUAGUGGCCUUCCCAAGACCAUGACCCAGAAGGAGCUGGAGCAGCUUUUCUCUCAAUACGGUCGCAUCAUCACCUCACGCAUCCUGGUUGAUCAAGUCACAGGGGUCUCUAGAGGGGUGGGAUUCAUCCGCUUUGAUAAGAGGAUUGAGGCAGAAGAAGCCAUCAAAGGACUGAAUGGCCAGAAGCCCAGCGGUGCUACAGAACCGAUUACUGUGAAGUUUGCCAACAACCCCAGCCAGAAGUCCAGCCAGGCCCUGCUCUCCCAGCUGUACCAGUCCCCCAACAGGCGAUACCCUGGCCCUCUCCACCACCAGGCUCAAAGAUUCAGGCUGGACAAUUUGCUUAAUAUGGCCUAUGGCGUAAAGAGACUGAUGUCUGGACCAGUCCCCCCUUCUGCUUGUCCCCCCAGGUUCUCCCCAAUCACCAUUGACGGGAUGACAAGUCUUGUGGGAAUGAACAUCCCUGGUCACACAGGGACAGGCUGGUGCAUCUUCGUCUAUAACCUGUCCCCUGAUUCUGAUGAGAGUGUCCUCUGGCAGCUCUUUGGCCCCUUUGGCGCAGUGAACAACGUCAAGGUCAUCCGUGACUUCAACACCAACAAGUGCAAGGGAUUCGGCUUCGUCACCAUGACCAACUACGAUGAGGCAGCCAUGGCCAUCGCCAGCCUCAAUGGCUAUCGCCUGGGAGACAGAGUGUUGCAAGUUUCCUUUAAAACCAACAAAGCCCACAAAUCCUGAAUUUCUCACCCUUACUUAUUAAAAUAUAUAUAUAAAUAUAUACGAACAAAACAUGCGCGCACACACAUACACAAAAGAGAGAGACAAACUUUCCAAGGCUUAUAUUCAACCAUGGACUUUAUAAGCCCGCGUUGCCUAAGUAUUAAAACAUUGGAUUAUCCUGAGGUGUACCAGGAAAGGAUUUUAUAAUGCUUAGAAAAAAAAAGAAAAAAAAAACAAAAAAAUACCUUUGAUGCAUUGAAUGUUCUUUCAUAGCUGUCGUUGUUGAAUAUAAUAUACAUAGAUAGCAAUGUGCAGGGAUUUUUACCCAGCCAGCUAACUUUACCACCUUCCUUGAAGGUGGGUCUUUUUAAGAUGACCAUUCGCUCAUUUGAAGAAGAAAAACAAAAAACACAAAAAAAUAACAAACAAUUUUUACAAAGUAAUGGAAUUCAAAGGAAGAAAAAAAAGAUUUUUCUUUUUUGUCAAAAAUGUUGAUCCAAUCAGAUUGGUUAAAAAACCCCCACACAAAUUAAAGAGGAAUAAUAAAAAUUGCAAAAAUGAAAAAAAACUUUUGCAAAUUUUUUUAUUUUUCCUUUUUCUUUUAUAUCAUGUGAACUAAAACAGUCUUCUGUUAGGGGACGGGGAAAGGGGGUGUACCUGAUGACAUUAACAAUUUAAUAACAUUAACAUUGUUGCCAAAGAGGUGGUCUCUUUGCUGAAAAUGGGUUUCAAGAAAAAUCUAUUUUUAUAAAAUAUAAAGAAUUUUUACAAGAGAAUCUGGAUUUGAGAAAAAAUAUUUUGACUGGCUAAUUUAGGGGAAAUUGACAACUUUGUCGCGUUCAUACUGCACUGGUAACUUUUUAGAGAUCAAGAUGUGUGUUUUAAACUGGAUUCGUAGACUGUUUUUUGAAGGAUGGGCUAUAAACAGAUGAUCUUCAUAUCUUUUCAUAGCAUGUAAUAAUAAUAAAAAAUAUUAAUUGCUAGGGAAAAGGAGUGUUCGUUCUACCCAGGGUACCACAGUUCCCCACAGUCAAAACCCAAAAGCAAGGAGAUGAGUUGAAAGACAGUUUUUCUUUAAGUCAUCAGUAUGGGAUGUCAGCAGAACAAAAAUUAAAAAGAUUCAUUUUCCUUUUAAUCUAAAACUUCCUUAGUUUGAGCAGUAGGUGCUACAGAAUUAUUUACAUAUCUUAGUAUCAUAGUUAAAUGUAAGCGUGUUUAGGAGAGGAGACACAAGAUACAUUUGCUUUACAUUCGUUAAGCAAUUUUCUAAUUCACUUUGUAGCCCGUGCUGAUAAAAUUGGGCUGUGUGGGUACAUUUGAAACACUGUUUAUGUUGCUUGAAACACUUAUUUAUUUAAUUGCAGAUGUGAUGAUGAUGCCUCUGGCCAAGAUCAAAUAUAGCUAGAUUGGCUAGACUACUUGUUUGUUUACUUAGACUUUGGGAAGAAGCAUAUUACUGUGUCCUUCUGUUGUGUGUGUGUAUGUGUACAUAUAAUAUAAAUAUAUAUAUAAAGUUAUUUUUUUCCUUUGGUUAAUUUAUUAUAAGUUGUAACACUUGGCUAGUUUUGUUUGUAUAUGUCUUAAGAUGUUUUCUUAUGAUAUUUAAGUGACAGUUAAAGAGGUAUCAAGGUAACUUGUGUAGAACUAUUGUUUGAUAUAUUGUCAUGUUUGUUGUGAAUAUUUUUUCUUACUGCACAGUAGAAAAUUAAAAAAAAAAACUGGGUCUUUAUUUUAAUGUAAUUCAGAUUGGGGAAAACUAAACAGAGCUAAGGGAACAAAAGGACCGUGGGAGCAAACUCCCACGUCCAGUGCACUGAUCAUUUUAGUACGUUUGUGCUUUGUAUGGUUAUAUAUUUAAAACAAAAAUGAAACAAAAAAAAAUACAAGAGUUCAUGCUCUUCCCUGGGUAAUAGAAACAGUUACUCGCUAUGCAUAAUCUAGUUGAUAGUAAAAUUUGCUAUUGCUUUUCUUGUCUUGUUACAUAAAAUCUUUUCAAUACAAGUUUAGUCUUAAUGGUAAUAAAACGUUAUGGUUAUUUAUAACUUGUGCUUAUUUUGUGCAUUUUUUCCCAUGCUGAACCCACUAAGUGCAUGUAGACAGGACUGUUGUUUGCACAUUGAAGAGGCAAACUUUGUAGUAGUCGUUGUAGUGGUAGACAGAUAACGAAAACCGAGGCUGCAUCAUAGACUACUCCUUUAAAUUUUUUUUCUAUUUUUUUUUCCUCUUUUCGGUUUUUGGAGAAAAAUAAAUAACACCAGAUUUCAGUUCAGAGAACACUCGUUCAACAUUCAGGGAAACCUUUAUAUGUCACCUGCUAUGAAUGAAUGCAGUUUGCUGGCAAAGUUCUGAUGCAUUUGCUAAGCAUUCAUGGGAAAGGCAUGCCAAAAUCUCUUCUCUAUGAUGUGUUCAAUCUGAGGGAAAAAAAAGGAAAAAAAAUCUUAGGACCAGGCAGUUGUAUACUUUAGUUAUAAAUGAAUGACUUCAUGUUAAUCUUGCUAGUUUAGAUGAUUUCUGAGGGAAAGUAUUGUAAAUGUUUUUUUUUCAUAAUCUUGUUGUGUUUGAAUUAUUUGUACUUUAUCUGUCCAGACAAUAAAUGAAAGUGUGUAGAAUGAA